AUCAGUCUGAAACGAGCGGCGGGCUGAGGCACACGCACGAGCUCUUCUCUGGUCAAGUACUGAUCCACUUUUUGUCAUUGUCGACCGACCACUACAAACAAAUUUACUAUGAGUGAAAAAGGCCCAGGAUACCCGUCCCCGAAGGAUGCCAUGCUGAACGGGCCGCGGGAGAAGAUCGUGUGGCUGCCCUGCAUCAGGACAGGCACCGGCAAGCCCGACUACGUGGCGACCGUAGACGUGGACCCUAGCUCGCCAGACUACUGCAAGGUGAUCCACCGCCUGUACCUGCCGUAUCUGGACGACGAGAUCCACCACACCGGCUGGAACACGUGCUCUUCAUGCUACGACGACCCGACGCGCGUGCGCAACCGCCUGGUCGUCCCCGCCCUCGGGUCGUCCAGAAUCUACGUGCUUGACAUCUCCGAGCACAGGAAACCCAAGAUGUUCAAGGUCAGUCCAAGGCACGGAUCCUAGCACAGGAGUAGCACU